AGAGAAGAAAGUCUUUUCCUUUGCUUUUUUUAUUUUGGUAGGGGGAGAGAGAAUGAAGCUCUAGGCUUUAAAGAGAGAAAGUCUCUCAGAGUUUUUAGCUUCUUUGCACACAAACAUACAGUCUCGGCCGGUUGCUUUGAUCACCUAAAGGGGUUUUAUUUCCCCACUGAUGUUUCGAAGUCGAGAUUGUGGUACAUAUAAAAAAAACAGAUCAAAUGCCAUCAUUAAAAAUGAAGACCAACCUAAACAUGAGCUCUCUAAGAGAAAAAAAAUGUCUCAAUGUGUGUCAAAAGUCUAAAAUAAUAUCCAAAAAAUCAUGCUCCCAAGUCUCAGUUUCUCGACAAGCAGCAGAAUCUGACAAGGUCGUUCAGAAAUGUCAGGAUGGCUAUGUUGCUUCGAGUAUGGAAAUAUACACCCAGGGGGAGGACAUUAAAACUGAUGAAGCCGUUGACCAGCAAGACUUACCACGUGAUGGAAAUUCUCAGUUUCUGAAGCAGCCACCAACCUCUGUAGAUUCUGGCACAACUGGGGAUAUGGAAUCUAUAUAUAACUUUGCAUCAAACUUGGAGACAAUUUUUUCUCCUGUUCUGGAGCUCAUUGAAGUCCACAGUGUGGCAAAUAUUUAUGAUGAUGCAGGGAGUAACAGUGAUCUUAACGUGCCAGGUCUGGGUAUUGAUGACAGUGAUGAUAACAGAAGCUCAUGUGAUUAUCAAACUUGCAACAUAUCAGAUUUCUUUAUUUCUGACAUGAUUAUUGCUAGCUUACCAUUUGAUGGGAGCACUGUUGCUAAUGAUUUCACCGAUGCCAAUCCUUUUCCUGAUUACAAGUACGCUGAGCCAAGUAUGUUGUUUGAUGUGGCUGAAGAGUGCAUGAUACUACCUUUUCUUGAGGAUACUGCAAAAAUGAGCGACUCUGAUGAUAUGAAAUCAUGUGAAGAAGCCACGAUAGAAUCAGAUAAUAGUAGCUUAUAUCUAGCAAUUAAUCAGAUAAGAUCUUGUGACCGGGAAUCUGAUCUAAACAUUGACUCAGACCAAGCAGAAGACUUUGAUCCUCAGUUCUUUAUAAAAAAUUUACCUGAAUUAUCUGAUGUGGUUUCAAAUUUUCUGCCCUCUAUCCACCCUAAGGAGUCUUGCAGAAGAAAGUCCGUAACCCUAGUGCUUGAUUUGGAUGAAACACUUGUCCACUCAACAUUGGAACACUGUGAUGAUGCAGACUUCACCUUUACUGUGUUUUUCAAUAUGAAAGAGCACAUAGUGUACGUAAAACAGAGGCCUCAUCUCCACACUUUCUUGGAGAGAGUUGCAGAGAUGUUUGAAGUUGUUAUCUUCACAGCUAGCCAGAGCAUCUAUGCUGCACAGCUUUUGGACAUACUGGACCCUGAUAGAAAGCUUAUAUCUCAGCGGCUUUAUCGUGAAUCAUGUAUUUUUUCAGAUGGAAGUUACACAAAAGAUUUGACAGUUUUAGGUGUUGAUCUUGCUAAAGUUGCCAUAAUUGAUAAUUCGCCACAGGUUUUCAGGCUGCAAGUAAAUAAUGGGAUUCCUAUUAAGAGUUGGUUUACUGAUCCAUCAGAUUGCGCACUAAUUUCAUUACUACCCUUCUUAGAGACCCUGGUUGAUGCUGAUGAUGUCCGGCCCAUAAUUGCAAAGAGAUUUGGUAACAAGGAAUAAAAGAGCUUCUUUUUCCUUACUAGCUUGAAUUUUGCUCUUUCCUCUGGUUUAUCUUUUAAGCAAAAUUUGGUCUCUGAUUUAGAAUGUCCAUUUUCUUUUCUCUUGAAGCUUUUGAUAUAUUUAACUAUAGAAUAAACUAGUGUUUGUCUCAUUCUUGGGUCAGCUCUUGGUGAUUGGACCCUUUCCUUUUCUCCUUUAAGCUCACAACUCCAUGGGGUGCUCUAUCUAAUUUUCCCACAAGGUAGUUGUAGUGAAUGUCUCCCUUUCAUUUUACUGUACAGUUAAGUUGCAACCAAACUCAUAAGGGCGUGUAUAUGAACUUUAUCUUGUGAAAUAUAAUUUUGCAAAACUCUUGUUUGCUAUCUUAAUUGGUGCUCAUCUACAUGUACUGCUAUCUUUUGUGUUAGUUUUUCUUCAGUAUGAAAAUAUUCAAAUUCUAGGCUAGCAGUAAUAAAUUAGAACCUUGAACCUGAAACUUCUAGGCCCAUUCCUUUCAACAUGGCUUCUUUAGUCUUGAAAUAUUGUUGAGGCUUCAUAGUUACUUCAUCAAGCAUAAUUAUUUAUCUUCUGAGAUCAUAGUUUGACUAUUGUUUAACUUGCAUAUCUUAACAUGUUUUUAAGGCGAAUGAUGGUUGAUAAGCAGGGAAUGGUUUCUAUGUAUUUCAAGAAGCUUUGUGAACAGACUCAAUCAGUAUAGAUAAUUUUAUAGUUUUUAAAGGAGUAGGUUAGUUUAUAUUUUUUAAGAGAGUAGGUUUAAAAGCAAAUAUUUUAAUGAUACGCCAUUUAAUUGCAUGGCCAUCUAUUAUCACUUAAAAGCCAUGGAAAGUAAAAAAAAACUUAAGUCUUAUUUAAACAAUACUAUUUAUAUUGCACAAUUUAUUAUAUCUGUGUUAUGGAAUUUUUAUGCACUGAUUUAAUUUUCAAGUUUUGUUAUGGAUUUUUUAUGCGCUGAUUUAAUUUUCAUGUUUUCUUAUCAAUUAUUGCGCAUUUAUUUUUUACAUUUUCAUGUCCUCAUAUCUUUUAAGCAUUCAAUUAGAUCUUGAUGAUUGGACAUACCUUCAUUCCUCUGAUUUCUUAUGUGCACUAUCUCAAGUUAGUGUGUGGUUUGAUAGGGGGUGGUUGCUUAGGCAGGAUGAUUGUGGGCAAGCUGUCUGCGAGUAAAUUACACCUUAAAUGCGGCUUAUUAAAUGAUUCUCCUCAGUGUUUACAUGUUGCUUAUUUGCAAUGCAUAACAAUGCUUCCUUUAUAAUGAUACUUGUCCUUUUGAUAAUACAUAUCAUGCUUCAGGGCUUUCUUACUCCUUUCGGUACAAAUUCUUUGAGAGAUGAUCAUAGCCAGAGAAAGUGUGGAUUUUAAAGUUGAGCACAACCAUGUCUGUAGGUGUGGUUCAUUAGAUUUGGAGGAAUUAAGGUUAUCUUUAGGUACUCAAUUCACUUGGCAUGCGUUAUGAACAUGUGGCUGUAGCUUAUUGGUUAGAAUCCCCCCCCUAAAAUCCCGAGGAUUAUCAAUAGCCAAUGUGAAAAUUUAUGUGAGUUUUAGGUUUGAUAUCCUGAGACUAUGAGAGUAAGGGAUCUGGAGUUAGUGCUAUGCAUUUGAGUCUGAAAUAUGAUAUAUAGGGUGGAUUAUGUAAAUAUCCAAAUCUGAUUAGGGUGACCAUGUAGGUCUUUUUCAAGGCCAUCAAGCGGAUUGUUAAAAGAACAUGGGUUUGAAAUGCUCCUUCACCCAUGGUUUGGGAAGAAAAUGGUGACGAAGUGUCUGAUAUACAAAAAGACCUGCGUGCCUGUCAUAUUAACAUCUGCUGAAUGAUCUUUUUCUCUUUCGUAAUUUCGCAUGCCUUACCUGCAGGUCAUUUGAGGAAACAUACUAGAUUAUCUGCUAAUGGAAAGUAUAGGUACGUUGGGUUAUUUUGCUAUUUUUUCCUGUUACUUUGUAGAUACGGCACUUUGCUACAGAAUGGACUCUGCUGACAAUUCAUUGUUCUAUGAAUUUACUAAGCAAUGUUAAGAAUGGAUUUUGUUGUGUAGUCUUGUUUGUAUCCUGAUAAGAACGGAUUGGCUGCGUGGUCAGUUUCUGUUCUUAAACCAAUGACUGAUCUCUAUGUAAACUAGCAUAGAACAUCCAAUUGGUAUAAUUGCUACUAUACUAGUAGUUAUUUCUCCAA